AUGACAAUUGCAGUGAAAAGGCUUUCCAGAAGUGGUUAUAUGUCUCCCGAGUAUGCAAUGGAGGGCCUUUUCUCAGAGAAAUCUGACGUCUUUAGCUUCGGAGUCUUACUUCUAGAGAUUGUCAGUGGCAAGAAGAACACUAGCUUUUAUCAUUCCGAUAGGUCUCUAAACCUUCUGGGAUAUGCAUGGGAAUUGUGGAAGGAUGGUAGGGUCUCUGAGUUGAUGGACCCGAUGUUAGGUGAUCCAACAUCUACCUGCUGCGACAUUUUGAGAUUCAUCCAAAUGGGACUCUUAUGUGUGCAGGAAAGUGCGAAGGAUAGACCCAUGUCCGACAUUGUUUCUAUGCUUAGUAAUGAAAUGGCAACAUUGGCUAAUCCGAAACGACCAGCAUUCUUUCUAGGAAGAAGGGGUCUUGAGGAGAAUUCAUCUAAAAACCAAACAGAGAAUUGUUCCAAUAAUGAUUUAACUAUUUCUGAGAUAGAAGCUAGAUAG